UUCACAUUAACCUUUUAUAUGAAAACAUAUCUCUCAAAUGAUUUGCAUUCGCCAUGAUUUGCCCAUAAAGAUCUGAUUAACACAGAUUAGAAAAGUGACUGACUUAAGCUUUAUUAAGGUAUGGAUAUAAUGUAGCCUAACACGACAGUCAGUGCUUAACCGUGAAUAAACAAAGUCUACAUGCAAGAUUGUAAAUGGAGCAGAACUGGUUGUUGCAAAGGAAGGGGUGUCUUAUAAUACCAUGUGACAGCAAUAAAGGGGAGAAAAAGAAACCAUGCUGCAUGCUCCAGACCGAUGUGCGGGUUUGCAUAAAACGUCGUGCUGAGAAGCUGAACACAUAUCGACCCCAGUGCUGAUCUGUUUUCAAUGGCAGUUUAGCUGCAGUCGGAGGAGCGAGAAAAGGACAUCUCUUUCUUUCUAAGAUGAGUCUCUUGGAGAAACCGAGGGAAAGAUCAGACUCAGAGGUUCCCGGCUCUGAGUCUGUGAAGAGUGACCAGUUGAAAGGUGAUUUCACUGAAGAAACACCUACCGAAAGUAAAAGACCAGAUUCACCUGUAUUGAGUUCUGUGUCUAUGAAGAGUGACAAUUCAAAAGGUGAUGGACCGAACUUCAGCGAGAACAAAUCAUCUGCCGAAAGUAAAAGAUCAGAUUCACCUGUAUUGAGUUCUGUGUCUAUGAAGAGUGACAAUUCAAAAGGUGACGGACCGAACUUCAGCGAGAACAAAUCAUCUGCCGAAAGUAAAAGAUCAUAUUCACCUGUAUUGAGUUCUGUGUCUAUGAAGAGUGACAAUUCAAAAGGUGACGGACCGAACUUCAGCGAGAACAAAUCAUCUGCCGAAAGUAAAAGAUCAUAUUCACCUGUAUUGAGUUCUGUGUCUAUGAAGAGUGACAAUUCAAAAGGUGACGGACCGAACUUCAGCGAGAACAAAUCAUCUGCCGAAAGUAAAAGAUCAGAUUCACCUGUAUUGAGUUCUGUGUCUAUGAAGAGUGACAAUUCAAAAGGUGACGGACCGAACUUCAGCGAGAACAAAUCAUCUGCCGAAAGUAAAAGAUCAGAUUUACCUGUAUUGAGUUCUGUGUCUAUGAAGAGUGACAAUUCAAAAGGUGACGGACCGAACUUCAGCGAGAACAAAUCAUCUGCCGAAAGUAAAAGACCAGAUUCACCUGUAUUGAGUUCUGUGUCUAUGAAGAGUGACAAUUCAAAAGGUGACGGACCGAACUUCAGCGAGAACAAAUCAUCUGCCGAAAGUAGAAGAUCAGAUUCACCUGUAUUGAGUUCUGUGUCUAUGAAGAGUGACAAUUCAAAAGGUGACGGACCGAACUUCAGCGAGAACAAAUCAUCUGCCGAAAGUAAAAGAUCAGAUUCACCUGUAUUGAGUUCUGUGUCUAUGAAGAGUGACAAUUCAAAAGGUGACGGACCGAACUUCAGCGAGAACAAAUCAUCUGCCGAAAGUAAAAGAUCAGAUUCACCUGUAUUGAGUUCUGUGUCUAUGAAGAGUGACAAUUCAAAAGGUGACGGACCGAACUUCAGCGAGAACAAAUCAUCUGCCGAAAGUAGAAGAUCAGAUUCACCUGUAUUGAGUUCUGUGUCUAUGAAGAGUGACAAUUCAAAAGGUGAUGGACCGAACUUCAGCGAGAACAAAUCAUCUGCCGAAAGUAAAAGACCAGAUUCACCUGUAUUCAGUUCUGUGUCUAUGAAGAGUGACAAUUCAAAAGGUGACGGACCGAACUUCAGCGAGAACAAAUCAUCUGCCGAAAGUAAAAGAUCAGAUUCACCUGUAUUGAGUUCUGUGUCUAUGAAGAGUGACAAUUCAAAAGGUGACGGACCGAACUUCAGCGAGAACAAAUCAUCUGCCGAAAGUAAAAGAUCAGAUUCACCUGUAUUCAGUUCUGUGUCUAUGAAGAGUGACAAUUCAAAAGGUGAUGGACCGAACUUCAGCGAGAACAAAUCUGCCGAAAGUAAAAGAUCAGAAUCACCUGUAUUGAGUUCUGUGUCUAUGAAGACUGACAAUUCAAAAGGUGACGGACCGAACUUCAGCGAGAACAAAUCAUCUGCCAAAAGCUCUGUGUCUGUGAAGAGUGACCAUUCAAAAGGUGAUGGACCGAACUUAAGUGAGAAAACACCAUCAUUUACCAAAAGGUCCGGCUCACGUGUAUCCUUCAGUGAAGAAACACUGUCACAAACCAAAAGUGAAAGAUCAGGCUCACAUGUGUCCAGCUCAGUGUCUGUGAAGAGUGAUCAUUCAAAAGGUGAUGGACCGAACUUCAGUGAGAAAAUCCCAUCUAACAGAAGAAGAUCAGGCUCACAUGUGUCCAGCUCAGUGUCUGUGAAGAGUGACCAUUCAAAAGGUGAUGGUCCAAACUUCAGUGAGAAAACACCAUCUAACAUAAGAAGAUCAGCCUCACAUGUGUCCAGCUCUGUGUCUGUGAAGAGUGACCAUUCAAAAGGUGAUGGUCCAAACUUCAGCGAGAAAACACCAUCUAACAUAAGUGUAAGAUCAGGCUCACAUGUGUCCGGAUCUGGAUCUGUAAAGAGCGAUCAUUCAAAAGGUGAUGGACCAAACUUUAGAGAGGAAAAAACACCUGAAAAAAGUAAAAAAGGGCAAAAAACCACAGUUAAUAUUGGUGAAGAAUUUACACGGUGGGAAGCUCUAAAAAUACAGAAGAAAUUGAAGAGUGAUGUGGAACUGGCAUCUUUUCUUCUCAACAGGAUUCAACAUGAGAAAUCAGACUCAGACUUGAAGAAUCACCGCUUCCGCAGGGAUUUCAAAGAAAAUCUACUCUGGAUCUUCAAGGCUCUUGAGAAAAAAAUUGCCAUAUUUCUGAAGAAUGAGCUGGAAAAGUUGAAGAAAAUACUAAAAAGAGAGAACACACAAUACUUUGUGCAGGACUUUACAGAGGAAAUGCGUGAUAUUAAAGAAGCAGCUCUUGAUAUGACUCUCUACUUCCUGAGAGAUAUGAAUGAAGUUGAGGCUGCAGAUGCUCUACAAGAUGAGCUGGUCCUCAUUCAUCAACGACCACUAAAAUCAAACCUGAAGAGGAAGCAUCAGUCUGUAUCUGAAGGAAUUGCAAAGCACGGUGACUCCAAGCUUCUGAAUAACAUCUACACAGAUCUCUAUAUGACACAGGGUGCCAUUCAACAAGUCAAUGCAGAACAUGAAGUAAGACAGAUUCAGGCUGCUUCCAGGCGGCAAGAAUCACAAGAGAUUCCAGUUGAGUGCAAAAAUUUGUUUGAACCAUCUGAACAAGACAAGGAGAUCAGAACUGUACUGACAAAAGGAGUUGCUGGCAUCGGAAAAUCCAUUUCUGUGCAAAAGUUUAUUGUGGAUUGGGCUGAAGGAAAAGAAAAUCAGGAUAUUACUUUCAUAUUUCCUCUUGCAUUUCGAGAGAUGAACCUAAAGGAGAAAGAAAAACAAAGUUUAACAAGUCUUAUAAGUCAGUUUUUCCCAGAGAUAAAAGGAUUGAACCUUGCAAGAAAUGAUAAAUUAAAAGUCCUGUUCAUCCUUGAUGGAUUGGAUGAAUGUCGUCUUCCUCUAAACUUUGAUGGCAAUGAGACGUGGCGUGACGUAUCGUCACCAGCCUCUCUGGAUGUUCUCCUGACGAACCUCAUCAAGGGAAAUCUGGUUCCUUCUGCUCUCAUCUGGAUCACCACCAGACCAGCCGCUGCCAGUAAGAUUCCUCCUGAAUGUAUUGACCGCGUGACAGAAGUACAAGGAUUCAAUGAUGCACAAAAGAAGGAGGAAUACUUCAGGAAAAGAUUCACAGAUGUGGAUCUGGCCAACGAAAUCAUUGACAAUGUUAAACAAUCAAAGAGUCUCUUCAUCAUGUGCUACAUCCCAGUCUUCUGCUGGAUUUCGGCCACUGUUCUUCAGAACAUUUUGGAAGAGAAAAGAGAAAAUAAUGAUGUAAAAAACAAUCAGGCUGACGAUUCCUCUAAAACACAAUCAAAUACUGAAGACACUCCCAAGACUCUGACACAAAUGUACACACACUUUCUCCGCUUUCAGAUCCAGCAGAGCAGACGAAAGUAUAAUCAAGAUAAUCAAUACAAACCUGAUGUUUCCUGGGACAAAGACGCCAUCCUUUCACUGGGGAAACUGGCAUUUCAUCAGCUGCAAAGAAACAACCUGCUCUUCUAUGACACAGACCUGGAAUCCUGCGGUAUUGAUACCUCUAAAGCAUCAGUGUACUCAGGCAUGUGUACCCAGAUCUUCAAGGAGGAAAAAGGGAUCAUUCUUGGUACCACUUUCUGCUUUGUUCACUUGAGCAUUCAAGAGUUUAUUGCAGCCCUUUAUGCACAUCUGUUUCUAGACAUAGAGAAGAAAAGUGUGUUAAUUAAAGAGUCUACAGAACAGGAAAACACCAAUGAAGCCAUGAUUGAUUUGCUCAAGACUGCAGUGGACAAGGCGCUCGAGAGUGAAACUGGACAUCUGGACCUUUUCCUUCGCUUCCUCCUCGGUCUGUCACUCCAGACAAAUCGUCCACUCUUACGAGGACUGUUGAAACAGCAAGAAGACAAUGACCAGAGCAAAAAGGAGAUAGUUCAGUACAUCAAGGAGAAACUAGAUAAAACUCUGUCUCCAGAGAGAUCCAUCAAUCUGUUCUACUGUCUGAAUGAGUUGAAUGAUCAAACUCUGGUGAAAGAGAUUCAGACUCAACUUCGAGAAGGAAGUCUCUCAUCUGCUGAUCUUUCACCUGCCCAGUGGUCUGCUGUGGCCUUUGUGUUGUUGACAUCAGACAAGGAGAUGGAGGAGUUUGAUCUUCAGAAAUUCAAGAAGUCAGACGAGUGUCUCUUUAGACUGUUGGAAGUUGUGAAAAUCUCCAAAAGAGCUCUGUUACACGAUUGUGAUUUGUCAGACAAAAGCUGUUCAAAUCUGGCUAAUGCUCUCGAAUCAGAUAACAAUCUGGAAGAGCUGAAUAUGAGCAAUAAUAAUCUACAGAGUUCAGGAGUAAUUCAUCUCUGCUCUGGACUGAAGAGUGAGAAGUGUAAAUUGGAGAUACUGAGACUUAGCCAGUGUGCGGUAACAGAGGAAAGUUGUUCAGCUCUGGCUUCAGUUCUCAGUUCAGACUCCAGCAGUCUGAAAGAUCUUGAUCUGAGCAAUAAUAAUCUGAAGGAUUCAGGAGUGAAGCUGCUCUCUGAUGGACUGAAGGAGAACUGUAAACUGGAGAAGCUCAGACUCUCUAAAUGCAGUAUCACAGAAGAAGGUUAUAAAGCUCUGGCUUCAGCUCUGAAUCCAGACCCUUCAGCCCAGAAAGAGCUUCACCCUUCACACCUGAUAGAGCUGGAUCUCAGAGGAAAUGAUCCUGGAAAAUCAGGAGUCAAGCAUCUCCUGGAUGCACAACAGAAACCAGACUGUAAACUAAAAAUAAGGUUCUUGAAUCUUGAAGCAGAGGAAGUCUGUGAGAAUCUGACUAAUGUUCUGGGUGAAAACCUGUUACUCAUGAGAGAGCUAGAUCUGAGUAAAUGUCAACUGGGACACUCGGGAUUGAAGAAACUUGUUCCUGUACUGGAGGAUAAACACUGUAAACUCAACACACUGAUGCUGAAUGACAACAAAAUGACAGAAGAAGAUUGUCGUGCUCUAGCUGCAGCUUUAAAUUCAAACCCUUCAAAUCUGAAAGAGCUGAAUCUGAGUCGGAGUUUUCUAGGAGACUCGGGAAUGAAGAUCAUCUCGUCUCUGUUUGAAAAUGUAGAGUGCAGAGUUGUAAAUCUCAAGUUUAAUCACAUCUAUAUUACUGGAGAAGGUUGUGCUGCUCUGGCGUCUGCUUUCAAUUCAAACCCUUCAAACCUCAGAGAGCUGGAUCUGAGUGAGAAUAAAAUAGGAGACUCUGGAGUAACACACGUCUCCAGUCUACUGGGAAAUCCACAGUGUAAACUGCAGAUACUCAGACUUUCAGACUGCAGUAUCACAGAAGAAGGUUAUACAGCUCUGGCUUCAGCUCUGAGAUCAAACCCUUCACACCUGAAAGAGCUGGAUCUCAGAGAUAAUGAUCCUGGAGAAUCAGGAGUGAAGCAGCUCGAUGAUUUACUACAGGAUCCAAACUGUCAACUGAAGACACUGAGGUUUUUGGGUGCUGAUGCAGAUAAAGCCUGUCAGUAUGUGAGAGGAAUUGUGGGUGAAAACCCGUUACUCCUGAGAGAGCUGAAUCUGAGUGGCCGUAAACUUGGAGACACAGGAGUGAAUCAGAUCUCUGCUCUACUAAAGGAUAAACACUGUAAAAUCAACACACUGAAGCUGAAUAAUCACAGUAUUACAGCAGAAGGUUGUGCUGCUCUGAUUUCAGCGUUUAAUUCAAACCCUUCAAACCUGAUAGAGCUGGAUCUGAGUGGAAAUAAACUAGAAAACUCUGGAAUGGAGAAGAUCUGUCCUCUGUUAAAAAAUCCACAAUGCAGAUUAGAGAAACUCAAACUUUCAGACUGCAGUAUCACAGAAGAAGGUUAUAAAGCUUUGGCUCUGGCUUCAGCUCUGAGAUCAAACCCUUCACACCUGAUAGAGCUGGAUCUCACAGGAAAUGAUCCUGGACAAUCAGGAGUGAAGCAUCUCCUUGAUGUAGCACAAAAACCCAACUGUAAACUAACACUGAGGCUUUUGAAAAGUCCUGCCGCAGAGGAAGCGUGUCAGUAUCUCACUGGAGUUCUGGGUAAAAGUCCAUUAAUACUGACAGAACUGGAUCUGAGUGGAGAUAAACUAGGAGAUCUAGAUGGAGAGAAGCUCUCUGCUCUUUUGAUGGACUCUCAUAGCAAAGUGGAGAAAAUCAAGCUAAUUAACUGUGAGCUGACAGAGAAAAACUUUUCAGUUCUUGUUACUGUUCUCUCCUCCAAAACCAUCCUGAAAGAGAUGAACCUGAACAACAGCCGUCUGCUGGACUCAGGAGUCAAAGAGAUCUGUGAGGGACUGAAGAAAUCAACGCUGAAGAUACUGAAACUCAGUAAUUGUUAUCUAACAGAGGAAAGCUGUUCAGCUCUGGCUUCAGUUCUCAGUUCAAACUCCAGUAGUUUGGAGGAUCUUGACCUGAGCAAUAAUAAUCUGCAGGAUUCAAGAGCAAAGCUGCUCUCUGAUGGACUGAAGGAGAACUGUAAACUAAAGAAACUCAGACUUUCAGACUGCAGUAUCACAGAAGAAGGCUAUAUAGCUCUGGCUUCAGCUCUGAGAUCAAACCCUUCACACCUGAUAGAGCUGGAUCUCACAGGAAAUGAUCCUGGAGAAUCAGGAGUCAAGCAGCUCUAUGAUUUAUUGCAGGAUCCAAACUGUCAACUAAAACUAAGGUUUUUGAGUCCUGAUGCAGAUAAAGCCUGUCAGUUUGUGGGUGAAAACCCGUUACUCCUGAGAGAGCUGAAUCUGAGUAAAUGUAAACUAGACUCAAGUCAAGUUAGGCAGCUUGCUGCUCUACUGCAGGAUAAACACUGUAAACUGAAAAUAAUUCGGCUGAAUAAUAACAGUAUUACAGCAGAAGGUUGUGCUGUUCUGACUUCAGCGUUUAAUUCAAACCCUUCAAACCUGAUAGAGCUGGAUCUGAGUGGAAAUAAACUAGGAAACACCGGAAUUAGCAAUAUCUGUUGUCUGUUGGAAAAUUCACAAUGCAGAUUAGAGAAACUGAAACUUUCAGGCUGCAGUAUCACAGAAAAAAGUUAUGAGAUUUUGACUUCCUCUCUGAAAUCAAACUCACACCUGAAAGAGGUGGACCUGAGAGGAAAUCAUCCUGGACGAUCAGGAGUAAAGAUGAUUAAAGAUAUGGUGUGGAGUGGAUUGUCUAAAAUAAAGUUCAGCUUUUUGAAAAACGCUGCUGCAGAGGACGCGUGUCAGUAUCUAACUGAAGUUCUACAAACAGAUCCCUUACAGCUGACAGAACUGGAUCUGAGUGUAAUUGAACUAGGAGAUCAACAUUGGGUGAAACUCUCUGAAUUUCUGGUGGACCCUUAUUGCCAAGUGGAUAAAAUAAAACUGAAUAAUUAUGAGCUGACAAAGAAAAGCUGUUCCGUUCUAUCUACUGUUCUGUCCAAAAAUACCAUCCUGGAAGAGAUGGACCUGAACAACAGCUGUCUGCUGGACUCAGGAGUCAAAGAGAUCUGUAAGGGACUGAAUAAUUCAACUCUGAAGAUACUGAAACUUUCAAACUGUAGAAUUACUGAAGAAGGCUAUAAAGCUCUGGCUUCAGCUCUGAGAUCAAACCCUUCACAUCUGAUAGAGCUGGAUCUCACAGGAAAUGAUCCUGGACAAUCAGGAGUCAAGCAGCUUGAUGAUUUACUACAGGAUCCAAAGUGUCAACUGAAGACACUGAAGUUUUUGGGUCCUGCUGCAGAUGAAGCCUGUCAUUAUGUGAGAAGAAUUGUGCGUAAAAACCCGUUACUCCAGAGAGAGCUGAAUCUGAGUGAAAAUAAACUAGGAGACUCAAAGUUGAAGAAUCUUGUUCCUUUGCUGCAAGAUAAACACUGCAAACUAAACACACUGAUGCUGUGUAAUUGUGAUCUAACAGAGGAAAGCUGUUCAACUCUCGCUACAGUCCUGAGAUCAAACUCCAGUCUGAAAGAGCUUGAUAUGAGCAACAAUAAUCUGCAGGAUUCAGGAGUGAAGAAACUCCAGAUCGCAUUAGAGAAUAUAAACUGCACACUGCAGAAACUCGGACUUUCAGACUGCAGUAUCACAGAAGAAGGUUAUAAAGCUCUGGCUUCAGCUCUGAGAUCAAACCCUUCACACCUGAUAGAGCUGGAUCUCACAGGAAAUGAUCCUGGACAAUCAGGAGUCAAGCAGCUCUGUGAUGUAGCACAAAAACCCGACUGUAAACUAACACUGAUAUUUUUGAAAAGUCCUGCUGCACGAGAAGCGUGUGAAUAUCUCACUGGAGUUCUGGGUACAAGUCCAUUAUUACUGACAGAACUGGAUGUGAGUGAAGAUAAACUUGGAAAUCUGGAUGGAGAGAAGCUCUCUGCUCUUUUAAUGGACUCUCAUAGCAAAGUGGAAAAAAUGAAGUUGAAUAAAUGUGAGCUGACAGAGAAAAGCUGUUCGGUUCUUGCUACUGUUCUCUCCUCCAAAACCAUCCUGAAAGAGAUGAACCUGAACGACAGCCGUCUGCUGGACUCAAGAGUCAAAGAGAUCUGUGAGGGACUGAAGAAAUCAACGCUGAAAAUACUGAAACUCUCCGACUGCAGUAUCACAGAAGAAGGUUAUAAAGCUCUGGCUUCAGCUCUGAGAUCAAACCCUUCACACCUGAUAGAGCUGGAUCUCACAGGAAAUGAUCCUGGACAAUCAGGAGUGAAGGAGCUCGAUGAUUUACUACAGGUUCCAGACUGUCAACUGAAGACACUGAGGUUUUUGGGUCCUGCUGCUGAUAAAGCCUCUCAGUAUGUGAUAGGGAUUGUGGGUAAAAACCCGUUACUCCUGAGAGAGCUGAAUCUGAGUGAACGUAAACUUGGAGACACAGGAAUACAUCGGAUUGCUGCUCUUCUGCAGGAUAAACACUGUAAACUCAACACACUCCAGCUGAAUAAUAACAGUAUUACAGCAGAAGGUUGUGCUGCUCUGACUUCAGCGUUUAAUUCAAACCCUUCAAACCUGAUAGAGCUGGAUCUGAGUGGAAAUAAACUAGGAAACUCAGGAAUGGAGAAGAUCUGCCCUUUGUUGGAAAAUCCACAAUGCAGAUUAGAGAAAUUUAAACUUUCAGACUGCAGUAUCACAGAAGAAGGUUAUAAAGCUCUGGCUUCAGCUCUGAGAUCAAACCCUUCACACCUGAUAGAGCUGGAUCUCACAGGAAAUGAUCCUGGACAAUCAGGAGUCAAGCAGCUCUGUGAUGUAGCACAAAAACCCGACUGUAAACUAACACUGAUAUUUUUGAAAAGUCCUGCUGCACGAGAAGCGUGUGAAUAUCUCACUGGAGUUCUGGGUACAAGUCCAUUAUUACUGACAGAACUGGAUGUGAGUGAAGAUAAACUUGGAAAUCUGGAUGGAGAGAAGCUCUCUGCUCUUUUAAUGGACUCUCAUAGCAAAGUGGAAAAAAUGAAGUUGAAUAAAUGUGAGCUGACAGAGAAAAGCUGUUCGGUUCUUGCUACUGUUCUCUCCUCCAAAACCAUCCUGAAAGAGAUGAACCUGAACGACAGCCGUCUGCUGGACUCAAGAGUCAAAGAGAUCUGUGAGGGACUGAAGAAAUCAACGCUGAAAAUACUGAAACUCUCCGACUGCAGUAUCACAGAAGAAGGUUAUAAAGCUCUGGCUUCAGCUCUGAGAUCAAACCCUUCACACCUGAUAGAGCUGGAUCUCACAGGAAAUGAUCCUGGACAAUCAGGAGUGAAGGAGCUCGAUGAUUUACUACAGGUUCCAGACUGUCAACUGAAGACACUGAGGUUUUUGGGUUCUGCUGCUGAUAAAGCCUGUCAGUAUGUGAUAGGAAUUGUGGGUAAAAACCCGUUACUCGAGAGAGAGCUGAAUCUGAGUGAACGUAAACUUGGAGACACAGGAAUACAUCAGAUUGCUGCUCUUCUGCAGGAUAAACACUGUAAACUCAACACACUCCAGCUGAAUAAUAACAGUAUUACAGCAGAAGGUUGUGCUGUUCUGACUUCAGCGUUUAAUUCAAACCCUUCAAACCUGAUAGAGCUGGAUCUGAGUGGGAAUAAACUAGGAAACUCAGGAAUGGAGAAGAUCUGUCCUCUGUUGGAAAAUCCACAAUGCAGAUUAGAGAAAUUUAAACUUUCAGACUGCAGUAUCACAGAAGAAGGUUAUAAAGCUCUGGCUUCAGCUCUGAGAUCAACCCCUUCACACCUGAUAGAGCUGGAUCUCACAGGAAAUGAUCCUGGACAAUCAGGAGUCAAGGAGCUCUGUGAUGUAGCACAAAUACCCGACUGUAAACUAACACUGAGGUUUUUGAAAAGUCCUGCUGCACGAGAAGCGUGUGAAUAUCUCUCUGGAGUUCUGGGUACAAGUCCAUUAUUACUGACAGAACUGGAUCUGAGUGAAGAAAAACUUGGAAAUCUGGAUGGAGAGAAGCUCUCUGCUCUUUUGAUGGACUCUCAUAGCAAAGUGGAAAAAAUGAAGCUGAAUAAUUGUGAGCAGACAGAGAAAAGCUGUUCAGUUCUCGCUAAUGUUCUCUCCUCCAAAACCGUCCUGAGAGAGAUGAACCUGAACGACAGCCGUCUGCUGGACUCAGGAGUCAAAGAGAUCUGUGAGGGACUGAAGAAAUCAACACUGAAGAUACUGAAACUCUCCGACUGCAGUAUCACAGAAGAAGGUUAUAAAGCUCUGGCUUCAGCUCUGAGUUCAAACCCUUCACACCUGAUAGAGCUGGAUCUCACAGGAAAUGAUCCUGGAGAAUCAGGAGUGAAGCAGCUCGAUGAUUUACUACAGGAUCCAAACUGUCAACUGAAGACACUGAGGUUUUUGGGUGCUGAUGCAGAUAAAGCCUGUCAGUAUGUGAGAGGAAUUGUGGGUGAAAACCCGUUACUCCUGAGAGAGCUGAAUCUGAGUGGCCGUAAACUUGGAGACACAGGAGUGAAUCAGAUCUCUGCUCUACUAAAGGAUAAACACUGUAAAAUCAACACACUGAAGCUGAAUAAUAACAGUAUUACAGAAGUUGGUUGUGCUGCUCUGACUUCAGCGUUUAAUUCAAACCCUUCAAACCUGAUAGAGCUGGAUCUGAGAGGAAAUAAACUAGAAAACUCUGGAAUGGAGAAGAUCUGUCCUCUGUUAAAAAAUCCACAAUGCAGAUUAGAGAAACUCAAACUUUCAGACUGCAGUAUCAGAGAAGAAGGUUAUAAAGCUCUGGCUUCAGCUCUGAGAUCAACCCCUUCACAUCUGAUAGAGCUGGAUCUCACAGGAAAUGAUCCUGGACAAUCAGGAGUCAAGCAGCUCUGUGAUGUAGCACAAAAACCCAACUGUAAACUAACACUGAGGCUUUUGAAAAGUCCUGCCGCAGAGGAAGCGUGUCAGUAUCUCACUGAAGUUCUGGGUAAAAGUCCAUUAAUACUGACAGAACUGGAUCUGAGUGGAGAUAAACUCGGAGAUCUAGAUGGAGAGAAGCUCUCUGCUCUUUUAAUGGACUCGCAUAGCAAAGUGGAGAAAAUCAAGCUGAAUAACUGUGAGCUGACAGAGAAAAACUGUUCAGUUCUUGUUACUGUUCUCUCCUCCAAAACCAUCCUGAAAGAGAUGAACCUGAACAACAGCCGUCUGCUGGACUCAGGAGUCAAAGAGAUCUGUGAGGGACUGAAGAAAUCAACGCUGAAGAUACUGAAACUCAGUAAUUGUUAUCUAACAGAGGAAAGCUGUUCAGCUCUGGCUUCAGUUCUCAGUUCAAACUCCAGUAGUUUGGAGGAUCUUGACCUGAGCAAUAAUAAUCUGCAGGAUUCAAGAGCAAAGCUGCUCUCUGAUGGACUGAAGGAGAACUGUAAACUAAAGAAACUCAGACUUUCAGACUGCAGUAUCACAGAAGAAGGCUAUAAAGCUCUGGCUUCAGCUCUGAGAUCAAAUCCUUCACACCUGAUAGAGCUGGAUCUCACAGGAAAUGAUCCUGGAGAAUCAGGAGUGAAGCAGCUCGAUGAUUUACUACAGGAUCGAUACAAUUCACUGAAAACAUUGAGGUUUUUGGGUCCUGCUGCAGAUGAAGCCUGUCAGUAUGUGACUAGAAUUGUAAGUAGAAACCCGUUACUCCUGAGAAAGCUGAAUCUGAGUAAACGUAGACUUGGAGACACAGGAGUGAGUCAGGUCGCUGCUCUACUGCAGGAUAAACACUGUAAACUCAACACACUACUAUUGAUUAAUAACAGUAUUACAGCAGAAGGUUGUGCUGCUCUGACUUCAGCCUUUAAUUCAAACCCUUCAAACCUGAUAAAGUUGGAUCUGAGUGGAAAUAAACUAGGAGACUCAGGAAUAAUGAAGAUCUGUCCUCUGCUGAAAAAUGCACAAUGCAGUUUGGAGAAACUCAAACUUUCAGACUGCAGUAUCACUGAAGAAGGUUAUAAAGCUCUGGCUUCAGCUCUGAGAUCAAACCCUUCACACCUGAUAGAGCUGGAUCUCACAGGAAAUGAUCCUGGAGAAUCAGGAGUGAAGCAGCUCCUUGAUGUAGCACAAAAACCUGACUGUAAACUAACACUGAGAUUUUUGAAAAGUCCUGCUGCACGUGAAGCAUGUCAGUAUCUUACUGAAGUUCUGGGUACAAGUCCAUUACUUCUGACAGAACUGGAUCUAAGUGAAGAUAAACUAGGAGAUCUGGAUGAGAAGAAGCUCUCUGCUCUUUUAAUGGACUCUCAUAGCAAACUGGAGAAAAUUAAGCUGAAUAACUGUGAGCUGACAGAGAAAAGCUGUUCGGUUCUAGCUACUGUUCUCUCCUCCAAAACCAUCCUGAAAGAGAUUAACCUGAACAACAGCCGUCUGCUGGACUCAGGAGUCAAAAAGAUCUGUGAGGGACUGAAGAAUCCUGUGUGUGAGCUGAAGAUACUGAAGCUCAGUAAGUGUGAUCUAACAGAGGAAAGCUGUUCAACUCUCGCUACAGUCCUGAGAUCAAACUCCAGUCUGAAAGAGCUUGACAUGAGCAACAAUAAUCUGCAGGAUUCAGGAGUCAAGAAACUCCAGAACGCAUUAGAGAAUAUAAACUGUAGACUGGAGAAACUCAGACUUUCAGACUGCAGUAUCACAGAAGAAGGUUACAAAGCUCUGGCUUCAGCUCUGAGAAACCCAAACCCUUCACACAUGAUAGAGCUGGAUCUCACAGGAAAUGAUCCUGGAGAAUCAGGAGUGAAGGAGCUCUAUGAUUUAUUGCAGGAUCCAAACUAUAAACUGAAGACAUUGAGGUUUUUGAGUCCUGCUGCAGAUGAAGCCUGUCAGUAUGUGACUAGAAUUUUGGGUAAAAACCUGUUACUCCAGAGAGAGCUGAAUCUGAGUGAUCAUGAACUGGAAGACACACAAAUGAAUCAGAUUGCUGCUCUACUGCAGGAUAAACACUGUAAACUGAAUAUAAUUCAGCUGAAUAAUAACAGUAUUACAGAAGAAGGUUUUGCUGCUCUGACUUCAGCAUUUAAUUCAAACCCUUUAAACCUGAUAAAAUUGGAUAUUAGUAGAAAUAAACUUGGAAACUCAGGAGUGGGGAAGAUCUGUCAUCUGUUGAAAAAUACACAAUGCAGAUUGGAAAAACUGAAACUUUCAGACUGCAGUAUCACUGAAGAAGGUUAUAAAGCUCUGGCUUCAGCUCUGAGAUCAAACCCUUCACACCUGAUAGAGCUGGAUCUCACAGGAAACGAUCCUGGAGAAUCAGGAGUGAAGCAGCUUAAUGACUUACUGCAGGAUGGACACUGUAAAUUAAAGCCCAUCAGGUUUUUGAAAAGUCCUGCAGCAGAGGAAGCAUGUCAGUAUCUUACUGAAGUUCUGGGUACAAGUCCAUUACUUCUGACAGAACUGGAUCUGAGUGAAGAUAAACUCAGAGACCUAAGUUGGGAGAAGCUCUCUGCUCUUUUAAUGGACUCUCAUAGCAAAGUGGAGAAAAUCAAGCUGAAUAACUGUGAGCUGACAGAGAAAAGCUGUUCUGUUCUAGCUACUGUUCUCUCCCCCAAAACCAUCCUGAAAGAGAUGAACCUGAACAACAGCCGUCUGCUGGACUCAGGAGUCAAAGAGAUCUGUGAGGGACUGAAGAAUCCUGUGUGUGAGCUGAAGAUACUGAAACUUUCAGACUGCAGUAUCACUGAAGAAGGUUAUAAAGCUCUGGCUUCAGCUCUGAGAUCAAACCCUUCACACCUGAUAGAGCUGGAUCUCACAGGAAAUGAUCCAGGAGAAUCAGGAGUGAAGCAGCUCGAUGAUUUACUGCAGGAUCCAAACUGUCAACUGAAGACACUGAGAUUAUUAAAAUGUCCUGCUGCAAAUGAAGCCUGUCAGUAUGUGAAAGGAAUUGUGGGUAGAAAUCCAUUACUCCUGAGUGAGCUGGAUCUGAGUAAACGUGAACUUGGAGACACACAAUUGAAUCAGAUCGCUGCUCUACUACAGGAUAAACACUGUAAACUCAACACACUACUGCUGCGUAAUUGUGGUCUAACAGAGGAAAGCUGUUCAACUCUCGCUACAGUCCUGAGAUCAAACUCCAGUCUGAAAGAGCUUGACAUGAGCAACAAUAAACUGCAGGAUUUAGGAGUCAAGAAACUCCAGAACGCAUUAGAGAAUAUAAACUGUCGACUGGAGAAACUCAGACUUUCAGACUGCAGAAUAACUGAAGAAGGUUAUAAAGCUCUGGCUUCAGCUCUGAGAUCAAACCCUUCACACCUGAUAGAGCUGGAUCUCACAGGAAAUGAUCCUGGAGAAUCAGGAGUGAAGCAGCUCUAUGAUUUACUACAGGAUCCAGACUGUCAACUGAAGACACUGAGGUUUUUGAGAAGUCCUGUUGCAGAUGAAGCCUGUCAGUAUGUGAUAGGAAUUGUGGGUAAAAACCCGUUACUCGUGAGAGAGCUGAAUCUGAGUGACCGUAAACUUGGAGACACACGAGUGAAUCAGAUCGCUGCUCUACUACAGGAUAAACACUGUAAACUCAACACACUGAUGCUGCGUAAUUGUGGUCUAACAGAGGAAAGCUGUUCAGCUCUCGCUAAAGUCUUGAGAUCAAACUCCAGUUUGAAAGACCUUGACAUGAGCAACAAUUUGCUGUCCGAUUCAGGAGUGAAGAAACUCCAGAAAGGGUUAGAAAAUACAAACUGCAAAUUGGAGAAACUUGGACUCUCAGACUGCAGUAUCACAGAAGAAGGUUAUAAAGCUCUGGCUUCAGCUCUGAGAUCAAACCCUUCACACCUGAUAGAGCUGGAUCUCACAGGAAAUGAUCCUGGAGAAUCAGGAGUGAAGCAGCUCUAUGAUUUACUGGAGGAUCCAAACUGUCAACUGAAGACACUGAGGUUUUUGAGUCCUGCUGCAGAUGAAGCAUGUCAGUAUGUGAUUGAAAUUGUGGGUAAAAAUCCGUUACUCCAGAGAGAGCUGAAUCUGAGUGAUUGUGAACUAGAAGACACACGAGUGAAUCAAAUCGCUGCUCUACUGCAGGAUAAACACUGUAAACUCAACACACUGCAGCUGCGUAAUUGUGGUCUAACAGAGGAAAGCUGUUCAACUCUCGCUACAGUCCUGAGAUCAAACUCCAGUCUGAAAGAGCUUGACAUGAGCAACAAUAAUCUGCAGGAUUCAGGAGUGAAGAAACUCCAGAACGCAUUAGAGAAUAUAAACUGCAGAAUGGAGAAACUAAGAAUUUCAGACUGCAGUAUCACAGAAGAAGGCUAUAAAGCUCUGGCUUCAGCUCUGAGAUCAAACCCUUCACACCUGAUAGAGCUGGAUCUCACAGGAAAUUAUCCUGGAGAAUCAGGAGUGAAGCAGCUCAAUGAUUUACUGCAGGAUGGACAUUAUCAACUGAAGACUAUAAGAUUUUUAAAAAGUCCUGCAGCAGAGGAAGCAUGUCAGUAUCUUACUGAAGUUCUGGGUACAAGUCCAUUACUUCUGACAGAACUGGAUCUGAGUGAAGAUAAACUCGGAGACCUGGACUGGGAGAAGCUCUCUGCUCUUUUAAUGGACUCUCAUAGCAAAGUGGAGAAAAUCAAGCUGAAUAACUGUGAGCUGACAGAGAAAAGCUGUUCAGUUCUAGCUACUGUUCUCUCCUCCAAAACCAUCCUGAAAGAGAUGAACCUGAACAACAGCCGUCUGCUGGACUCAGGAGUCAAAGAGAUCUGUGAGGGACUGAAGAAUCCUGUGUGUGAGCUGAAGAUACUGAAACUUUCAGACUGCAGUAUCACAGAAGAAGGUUAUACAGCUCUGGCUUCAGCUCUGAGAUCAAACCCUGCACACCUGAUAGAGCUGGAUCUCACAGGAAAUUAUCCUGGAGAAUCAGGAGUGAAGGAGCUCUAUGAUUUAUUGCAGGAUCCAAAGUGUCAACUGAAGACACUGAGGUUUUUGGGUCCUGCUGCAGAUGAAGCCUGUCAGUAUGUGAGAGGAAUUGUGGGUAAAAACCCAUUACUCCUGAGAAAGCUGAAUCUGAGUAAACAUACACUUGGAGACACACAAGUGAAACAGAUCGCUGCUCUACUGCAGGAUAAACACUGUCAACUCAACUCACUGAUACUUUCAGACUGCAGUAUCACAGAAGAAGGUUAUAUAGCUCUGGCUUCAGCUCUGAGAUCAAACCCUUCACACCUGAUAGAACUGGAUCUCACAGGAAAUGAUCCUGGAGAAUCAGGAGUGAAGGAGCUCUAUGAUUUACUACAGGAUCCAAACUGUCAACUGAAGACACUGAGGUUUUUGAGUCCUGCUGCAGAUGAAGCCUGCCAGUAUGUGACUGGAAUUGUGGGUAGAACACCGCUACUCCUUAGAGAGAUGAAUCUGAGUAAACGUGAACUAGGAGACACACGAGUGAAUCAAAUUGCUGCUUUACUGCAGGAUAAACACUGUAAACUCAACACACUGAUUCUGUGUGGAUGCAGUAUUACAGAGGAACAGUGUCUCAUCCUGACUUCAGCUCUGAAAUCAAACCCAUCACACCUGAGAGAGCUGGACCUCAGUGGGAAUAGACUACAAAACAGAGGAGUGAAAAUCUUAUGUGACAUACUGAAGGAUUCACACUGUAAACUGGAGAGGUUGAGGCUAAGAGACUGCGGUAUGACAUCUGUAGGUUGUUCUGCUGUGACUUCAGCUCUGAAAUCAAACCCAUCACACCUGAGAGAGCUGGACCUGAGUGAGAAUAUACUAGGAGUUGAAAACCUUGGUGCUCUGCUGUGGAACCCAGAAUUCAAGCUGGAAAUACUAAUUCUGUUUGGAUGCAGCAUUACAGAGAAACAGUGUCUCAGUUUGAGUUCAUCUUUGUGUUUAAACCCAUCACACCUGAGAGAGCUGGACCUCAGUGGGAAUGAACUAAAAAACACAGGAGUGAAGCACUUAUGUGACAUACUGAAGGAUUCACACUGUACACUGGAGAGAUUGAGGUUCAGAUACUGUGAUAUGACAGGUGAGGGUUGUUCUGCUGUGACUUCAGCUCUGAAUUCAAACCCAUCACGCCUGAGAGAGCUGGACCUGAGUGGGAAUAAACUAGGAGACUCAGGAGUGAAAAACCUCUGUGAUCUACUGAGGAACAAACAAUGCAAACUGGAAAAACUACACUUGUGUGGAUGCAAUAUUACGGAGAAACAGUGUCUCAUUCUGACUCUGGGUUUGUGUUCAAACCCAUCACACCUGAGAGACCUGAACCUUAGUGUGAAUGAACUAAAAGAUGCAGGAGUGAAGCACUUAUGUUACAUACUGAAGGAUUCACACUGUACACUGGAGAGGUUGAGAUUAAGACACUGUGAUAUGACAUAUGAAGGUUGUUCUGCACUGACUUCAGCUCUGAAAUCAAACCCAUCACACCUGAGAGAACUGGACCUGAGCGGGAAUAAAAUAAAAAACAAAGGUCUGAAGCACUUUUGUGGCGUACUGAACGAUUCAGAAUAUAAAUUGGAGAGAUUGAGCCUAAAUGACUGUGGCAUUACAGAUGUGGCUUGUUUGGAUCGGUGCUUGGCUAGGACGAAAUCAUUGCUUUUUUUAAAAGAGCUUGAUCUGAAUAAGAAUAAGAUAAGAAACUCAAUGAAGCGGCUCAGUAAAGUGCUCAAGGACUCAGACUGUAACCUGAGGCUAGACAGCGAACAGACUCUUUUCAGAGCCGGUCCAAAAUGCUGAGUGGCAUUUUGGCAUUCACUGAGUGGACGUGACACCAUCAGAUGAGGGAUCUUCAGAAGAGCUUUGCUUUAGCUCUGUAUUAAAUAUGUGAUGACCUACCCAUGAAACCUACCCAUCACGUGGGUUUAGACAAAUUGUACGCCACUGUUGGAGGAUGUGAUGUCUGUAACCAAAAUCUACAGCAUACAUUAUUCAACUAUGAACUCUAUUCGCAACUAACAAAAUUAGCACAAAAUAGAAAAUCAGGGUUUGUGAAGUCAAGUCAGUCACCUUUAUUUAUACAGUGCUUUUUACAAUUACAGAUUUAUACACAGCUUUACAGAGAUAAAAGGAAAAUGACGCAACAAAAUUUGUUUCCAGAAGAAAAUAGCGUCACAGUCCAGCAUUU